AUGGGUCUAAAACUAGUGCUCUCGAUCCGAGUGCUUCUGGGUUUAGGUCUGUCCUGCGCCGCUGGCUUCCAGCAGCAGUACUUCAGGGUAGUCCCUCGAAGCCUGCGAGUGCAGGAGGGCUCUGAGGCCGUGCUAGAGUGCUCGGUGGCCAACCUGGCGGGCCAGGUGCAGUGGGCUAAGGAUGGAUUCGCUCUUGGGUUCUCCUCCGUCAUCCCCGGCUACCCUCGCUACACCAUGUUCGGGGACCGUCGCCAUGGAGUCUACAACCUUCGCAUCGUCAACGCUUCCUUGGAAGACGAUGCGGAGUACCAGUGCCAGGUCGGACCGGCCCAGAUGCACAAGGUCAUCAGGGCGAACGCCACGCUGACUGUUAUAUCACCGCCCAACGCCGUCGAGAUCUCCAACCACCCCCACAACUCCAAGCUGGAGGUCAAAGAGGGGGAGGAUGUGGCCCUGGAGUGCCUGGUGAAGAACGCCAAGCCGGCUGCCAAGAUCAUAUGGUACAGAGGCAACGUGGAGCUGAAGGGUGAUAAAGUGUCUAAAGAAGAAAUCAGAGAGGUGGAGAGUCCAAACGAAAACCCGAAGUCAACUAGAUACACCACUAUAUCCAGAUUGCAUUUCAAGGCGACAGCCGAUGACGACUACGCCGAUUUUACGUGCGAGGCGAGACACGAGGCAUUGCAAAGAGACACCCCGAUGAGGAGUACCGUACAACUCAGUGUUUUGUAUCCCCCUGGAGCCCCCUACAUCGAAGGCUACGCGGAAGGAGAGACAGUCCGCCGAGGACAGAGCCUCGAGCUGGUAUGCAGGAGUAGGGGGGGCAACCCCCCAGCCCAGCUGAUAUGGUACAAGAACGGGGAGCAGAUCCGGAUGGCUUACCGCACCGAGAGCGGCGUCAGAGAAGGUGCUGAUAACGACGAACAGUUCAUGCGUGCAUCUAAAUCUAUUGACGUGGGACAGCAACGGCUGCCCGCUGGGCCCCUUUACGGUGUCCGUGCGGGGGUUCGACGACUCUACGUGGACCACAAGAACGGUGCCGGCCGCGCUGCCGACAGACGUGUGCGGGCUGGCGCCGGGCGCGUGGCACCACUUGAAGGUGCAAGCCGCCAGCGCCGCCGGCGCCACGCUCGCCAACUACUACUUCGCCACGCUCACUGAGG